CGUUUCAUUCGCAGUGGUUGCGAAUGCAGCAUAAAAAAAGAUAAAAACUUUUCAUCCAAAUUUCGUAAUAUUUUAAUGUGUAAUUCAUUGUUUCAUUGAUAAAAGUGAGAAUUUAAUGAAGAAAUUAAUAAAAGUGUAAAAAAAUUGAUAUAAAUCUAUUUUAAUUGUGCGCUUGAAAUUGUUGAGAAAAAAUAGCGGCUACAAAAGUGGGGGGGCCGAGACUCAGGCUACCAUAUUGGCUGGAUAUUGGCAACUUGUGACUUUUGGGUGGCUGUUAUAUUAGCAAAAAAAAAAAAAUAAUAAUAACCAAACUUGUGUCCUUUUAUACUCGAAAAAAUGAUGCCUUGGAUUUAUAUAUAAUAUAAAAUUUUCUUUGUGAUUUUACUUUGCAACUUAAUAGAUUUAAUAAAUUAAAGGUGUUGUCCUUGAAACCGAGUAAAAUGAGUUUCUUUGGAUUUGGACAGUCAGCUGACAUAGAGAUUACUCUAGACGGUGGUGAUACAAGAAAAACUGCGGACAUUAAGUCUGAGGAUGGAAAAAAGGAACGGCAUUUGUUGUAUUACGAUGGUGAAACAGUCUCGGGAAAGAUAAAUGUCAGUUUAAGAAAAGCUGGAAAAUUAGAGCAUCAGGGUGUUAAAGUUGAAUUUGUAGGACAGAUAGAAAUGUUUUAUGAUCGUGGUAAUCAUAAUGAAUUUACGAGUUUAGUGAAAGAAUUAGCGAGACCUGGAGAAUUAACACACAAUACUGUUUAUACAUUUGAAUUUGCGAAUGUUGAAAAACCAUUUGAAAGUUAUACUGGCUCAAAUGUUCGACUGAGAUAUUUUCUUCGAGUCACUAUUGUUCGUAGAUUAAGUGAUAUUGUCAAGGAACUGGAACUUGUUGUACAUACACUCAGUUCAUAUCCGGAUAUGAAUAAUCCUAUAAAAAUGGAAGUGGGAAUUGAAGACUGUCUGCAUAUAGAGUUUGAAUACAACAAAAGCAAAUAUCAUUUAAAAGACGUUAUCGUUGGAAAAAUUUAUUUCCUCUUGGUGAGAAUAAAAAUCAAACACAUGGAGAUAGCAAUUAUAAAAAGGGAAAGCACAGGAUCUGGAAACACGACGUUUACGGAAAAUGAAACAAUAGCGAAAUAUGAGAUAAUGGAUGGAGCACCAGUUAAGGGAGAAUCUAUUCCGAUAAGAGUAUUUUUGGCAGGCUACGAUUUAGCUCCAACAAUGCGUGAAAUUAAUAAAAAAUUCAGCGUCCGAUAUUAUUUGAACUUAGUUCUGAUGGACGAGGAAGAUCGUCGUUAUUUUAAACAACAGGAAAUCACGUUAUGGAGAAAAGGGGAAAGAAGUAGAAAAUCACAAACUGCCUCACCUCAUUUGCCAUCGCAUUUAGUGUCAGCGGAAACGGGUUUUCCACAAGGAGCACCACAAAAUGGACCACCAUCAGUACCGCCCAGUUCUGAUCAAAUUUCACCUGAAGCCAGUACAGGACUAGAUGAUCCACAGGCCCCAAUAGAAGGUAUGACACGUGAAGAAGGUGAUGGAGAAGGUGAGAAGGAUAUCAAUCCGGAAAAUAAUUGAAUUUGCAAUUAUAGAUUAUAUAAAUAAUAAUGUUAGACUGUAAUUCAAAAAAAAAAAAAAAAAAAAAACAUGAAGAACUGAAAAUAAUUUUUUUUUCGCGUAAAAAAAAUAUCAAAUUGAAGGAAAAUACGAAAAUUUAUUUUCCUCUUAAAUAUUCUAAUGCACAGCAUUUUUCCGGUUUAUUACGUAUACGCGGGGGGAAAAAAAAGAGGAUGUACAUAUUUUGACUGAACAACUUUAGUAAAUAUUGGAGGGGGAAAAAAAACCUUGAUUGACGAAAAAAAGGACUGGAUUUUCAAAAAUUAUUAUUAAAUUUUAAUUUCUUUUACAGUCAAUUGGCGUUUCAGUCAUAUAAUGUAAUAGAUCUAAGUGACCUCGUCUCUCUAAAUAACCUUUGUGUAAAGCUUUACACGUUUAAUUAAGGGCAUUAGGUAAAUGUCUUGGAAAUGCAUUACAAGGGUUGCACUCAUAAUAUUCUGCCAUCAAUAAUUAUAAUUAUUUUAACUUGAAAAUUAUAAAUUCUUAAAUUUUAAUCAAUUUAAAAUCAAAUUAUAAACAAUUAUUUUUAAUUUUUAAACAAUUUUUUUUUUUUACAAUAGAAUUGAAGUCCCUAGAUAAAGGAUUUUGAACAAAAGACUCAGGAGAAAUGACUUCCUAGUUGUUUACCUAAUUCUAUUAAAGGUAUAUUUUCAUUAAUUUAUAUUUAAUAUAAUUUUAUUUUUUUUUCUAUAAUGAAUAGAGGGCAUUUUUAAUUAAAAAAAAAGAAACAAUAAAAAAAAUAAUAAAACACCGACUGAUAAUGCGGCUUAUAAUAAAAAAAAAAUAAAUAAAGAAAACGUUCAAUGAAACAUUUUACACAUCGAUAUUGCAAUUUUUUAGAGAAAGUCUAUGUCCUACGAAUGACGAGAAAUGCCUAUUUUUCAGUUUAAAGAUACAGAUGUAUAAAUCAAAUAAUAAAACACUGUUGGAAGUAAUAAUUUAAAAAAAAUUUUUUAAACAUGGAAAAACCAUGAAAUAUAAUAAAUUUCUAACAGUGAUACAUAUUUAUAAUACAACGUCCAGAUAAAUCAGUUAUUUUUAGCUGAUCUGAUAUGAGCUCUAUAUAUAUACGUGUAUUAAUCUAUUAAUGUGAAUUCGUGUACGUAACAAGUUGUUGUUUUUUUUUUUAAAUUUAUGUAGACAAGUUCAAUUUCUUUGCAAUUUAUGAUCAAAUCGAUAGAACAUAUGAUGAUUUAAAGAAAAUCAUCUUGUUACGUACCGAUUUACACAUACUACAUAAUGUAUAUAUUAAACAAAUUCAUUGCGUGUGUGAGUGACAAUUAUACACAUAAACACCCGCAUUACAAAGUCUAUUAAUCAUAUACAGAUAUAUACAAAUUGAAACGUUCUUUCAUCGAAGCACUGACGCACUUUCUGGAUAAAUUUCAUUUAAUGAUAUAAUCAACAUAAUUCACAUAUCUGUUUAUAAUAUAUAUAGAGAGAGAGACAAUUUAAAAUUAAUUGCUCAAUAUUUGUAAAAUAUUUUUUAUUGUAUUAACAAAAAAUAAUGUUCUUAAUUUUUUUUUAUAUAUAUAAUCGAAAUAAGAAAUUAAUUAUUUUUUUAAUUGACAAAAAUAGAUUUUUUUUAUAUCAACAAUUAUUGAUUUUUUAUAUUAUUAUUUUUGUCUGUUUUAUUGCAAAAAGGUAUUUUAUUAUAAAUUUUCUUUUUUUGCUAAACGAAAUUAAUUUAUGAAAUUAUGAGGUUUAUGACGUUAAUUAAUAUCUUCAAAUUUUUGCACUUAUUUGAAGAUUUCAUUUUAUUCAAAAAGAAAAAACUGUUUAAAUAUUAGAUAUUUAAAAAUUAAAUAAUAUAACUUUAUAAAAAAAAUAUUCAAAAGUAUAAAUUACUUAAUUCUGCACCUAAAAUGGAAUUAUUUUUCGGAAUUUGUAAUUUUUAGGGAUCUGCAAAAAAUUGUUAAUAAGUAAUAUUAAAUUAUCUCCUAUAUGCGUUUUAUUAUGUUUUGUAGAGAUUUAUUUAAAUUUUUUUUAUUUUUCAAUUAUUUGAUUAUUUUUUCCAAUUAAUUAUUGUAGAUUAUUAUUUUAUGAAUAUUAUUUCAAAUAUAUUUUUAUAAUAAUUCCAUAAUUUUUAGGUGCAGAACUAAGUAACUGGAGUAUUUUUGAUUUUAUUUGCAAUGAUUACUUUUGGUAAGUUUUAAUAUCUAAUAUUAAAUAUAUUAAAUAAGUGCAAAAUUUGAGAUUAUUAAGUUUAUUGUAAACAUUUUUUAUAGUAUUUUUUACAAUCUUGUUUUAUUCUAAUAGUAUUUAUUAAAUAUAUAUUUUUUUAACAAAAAACUUUGUUUUUCUUUUUUUUUAUAAUAAACUCGAGAUCUUCGAUGAAAGAAUGAGUGUUAAAAAAAAAAGAAAAUGAAAUUUAUUGAAUUUUAUAAUGUCCGAUAUAACUAUGUGAUUGUAAAAUUAUCGAAGUCACUGGUCGCGUAAUGUAUUGUGCGAUAUGAGGUAUUUCACAAUGUUUAGGUUUUUUUUUUUUGCAAAGAUAAAAAGAUCUUAUCUCCUAUAUAUUCUUUGUUAUUUGUUGACCAAAAAAAAAAUAAAAAAAAAAAAAUUAUUAUGUGAAGAAAGAGCGUCAGGGAGGAGUGAAUCGUAGUGUAUUUUACAUGUGAAAUACUGUAUAUACAUAUAGAUAUAUAUUAUGAUACGAUACUCAAAGACUUGUAUAUUUCAAUCUCCUAAUUAUAUUAUACCGAAAUGUUCGGUGUCAAAUUUAA